GCUGACUAUGGAGGUGACAGCCACCUCUUACUUGGCAUCUUGGCUACCCUCAACCCCUUUGUGAAGGCCAAGAUUAUCAGAAAGAAGACCAAGAAGUUCAUCUGGUACCAGUCAGACAGAUAUGUGAAAAGUAAGUGUAACUGGUGGGAACCCAGAGCCAUUGACGAUAGAAUGUGUAGAAGAUUCAAAGGCCAGAUUUUUUUCCCACUUAGACACACUGGUUAUGGGAGCAACAAGAAAACAAAGCCCAUGCAGCCCAGAGGCUUUCUGAAAUUCCUGGUCCACAAUGUCAAGAAGCUUGGAGUGCUGCAGUAAGUCUUGAUGUGCAGUAAGUCUUACUGCGCUGAGACUGCUCACAAGGUCUCCUCCAAGAACUGCAAAGCCAUAGUAGACAGAGCAGCCCAGCUGGCCAUCAGGGUCACCAACCCCAAUGCCAGGCCCCGCAGUAAGGAAAAUGAGUAG